GUCCGCUCUCCCUACCGGAAGGUGCCCGACCAGAUUGAGUCCGCUGUGCCUCAUAAACGUUCCUCAGACAAACGGCGUUUAAAACAAGUCGAGGCGCAGUCACUUUCCAUUAGUUUUAAAACCAGAGAACGGAAUGAUAAUUGCGGUAUUCAGGCUGUAAAAAGACGAUUGCAGAGAGUUUUGAGAAAACGCGAGAGUCAGAAAUUGCGGUGAUGUAAAAUAAAGCAGCAAUGUUAAUAUUUCUGAAUUUAAAAUGUGAGUUUGGGAGUCAGGCUGGAGAUACGAUAAAAGAAAAGGUCUUUUUACUGGAAAACAUUUAAUCUUCAGGGGAGGAACUGAUUCUAACGUGGUCAUAUUGUGAUGAAGAAAUGGUAGAUGAAUGGGUCAUUCGUUAAAUUUUGAGUACGUUACUGAGAGCUCCAAGGAAAAGGAUAGAAAAACCUCGACCAAUGAUGUUGGGAAACUUGUUUUUAAACAUGGUAUUCUUGCAGAUGUCAAAAAUGCCAACAGCUUAAACCAAUCACGACCAGUUCAUAUACUUUGCCCUGUUGGUUUAAGGUUAUACUGUCUUCCUCUCCAGUCUAAAAUGGAAAAUAUUUCAUCAGGAAUGCAAGUAUGUCCAUUUUGUGGUAAAGCUUUUAAGCGACUGAAAACACAUCUUCCUCACUGUAAAAUGGCCAGAAUUGUGAACAGUAAAUAUAAUUCUAAAGAGACAGAGAUAAAUAUUGCAAUUCCACAGCAAAAAUUAAAUUGCAAAUGCUCUCCAGCAUCAUCCAACAAGAAAAUGAAAGUUAAAGCAAACUCAGCAAAGAUUUUAACACAAAAGGAAGAAGCUUCAUCAACAAAAAAGAACAAUCAUUCAAUAGGUUUGGGAAAUGAACUAUGUGCUUCUGUACAAAGUAUUCAGCACAAAGAUAUUAAUGAACCACUGUCAGGUCAAGAAGAUUUGAUGAACAAGGGACGGCAAAUCAAAAAAAAAAGUCAACAGUCUGUUAGUAAGACAACUAAAGGACAACCUAAACGGGCAAAAAAAGAAAUGGUCAUAAAAACAAAGUCAAGUGAGCAUUUUUUAAAACGUGAUGACGAUAAAGUAGAUAUGAAGUUAAAUGGUACUGCCACAACAAAAGUGAAGAGUUCUCAGAAGAUUGUAAAGGACAAUUGUAUAAAGAAAAAACAAGAAAAUAAUGAGCAUAGUUCUCUAACACACCCACUGAAUGAAAAAGGAUGCACUGACUUGGUAUCGCAAAGUACAUUUUGUCCAAAAGGGAAAUCAAUUCUUAAUUUAGAACAAAUUUACAUUCAACCAGAAUUUGAAAAGGAGACAGCUGUGUUGGAUCUGAAGGCCUAUGAAAUUGUACCUCGGCUAUCUUGUGCUAUCAAAUCAAAUUCACUUCACUUUACAAGACAAGAGAAUGCAGUUUCUCAAGAUGAUUUAAGAUGUCAAGCCAGCCAGAAUGAAGUCACAGAAAGGAUGGUCUCAUAUAUACCAGUAACUGAACAAAAUCCAGUAAUUAACAUCAAAACUAGUGUGUGGCAUCACAUUAAAAAUAAUUUGUGUAAAUCAAGAACCAGUGUAAAACAGGAUUUCAUUUUGAAAGCUAAUAGGAAUGGUUAUAGAGCUGAUGUUUUAAAGACAAGUCAUUGUAAUUCCUCUGCUAAUAAUUACAUUUCCAGUGAAAUUAUGACUUCUGUGCAGGUGAAGGAUUUAAAUAAAUAUAAAGGCAAUCCACAUAUUGAUGAUGUGGCUGUGAAGGAAAUGGAACCAAGUGACUGCAACAUAAAUGGUGCCACACCAUCUGAAUAUUUGCAUUUGUCCCAGAAAGAAAAUAUUUGGAAAAAAGACUUGUUCUCAUCAACGAGCUCCAGGAAAACAGUGCAUUUGGAUGAAAGGAUUAAAGAACCUCACCCUAGUUUUUGCAGACAAACUGGGAUAGGAAUGGAGUGGUUUCCUGAACUGUAUCCAGGAUACCAUAGUAUUGGACUGAGAAUGCUUCCUGAACAAAUUAAACAGUUGGAAACACCUAUAAGACUAUCUGCCAUUUGGUGUGAAAACACAAAAGGUCAUAGUAAAUAUUGCAGUAAAUAUAUGAACCCAUGGAGAAGAGGAGCUGGAGGUGCGAUCACUUUGCUUUUGGGAUGUGCAAUCUUCAGCUACAUUUGGAAUUAUGAUUUCAUCAGUGAGUACAUCAGUGUCUUUUGACAGACCAUGGGAAGAACACGAUUACAGGAGAAAAUACCAUUGAGAAUUUGGAACUACAAUGUUUUUCUGAUUCAUUCCACUCCAAAAUCAAAAAGUUGAAGAUAUAUGAAGAAAAAACAUCAAAAAUUUUGCUGUGGAUUUUAAUUAUUGUGCCUUUCAGUUAUUGUGCUUUGCAUUAUGUAGGAGAGGCAUGAAUAAGAUGAGUAUACCUGAGUUGCUUUACUGUAAAGAUAUUUUAAAAUUUUACAAGCUAUAAAUAGAGGUAUUAUUUUAGAGUGUCAUUUGUCAUUGUUUUUGUAUGUCAUUGUUGAUGUAAAGUGAUUUCAGAAUGCACUUUCCUGACUACUACAGGUAGAAACAUAUCUUAAAAUAAAAUAAAUAGAACUUUCAAGGAAGUAUUUUGGAAAAACUGACUGUAAGUAGUUAAAUAAAUGGCAAUAAGCAAAAUAGUCUUGCUUGUAAGAUUUUUAGCAUUCUACCAUCCAUCAAAAUCUUGUUCCAGAUAAUCUUUUCUUUUGUUUAGGAAAAAAAAACAGCAUUAUGUAGGCAGUACCAUUUGUUGCUUGAGGUAGAAGAAAACCUGUACAUCUUAAAGCAUUUGCUGAAACAAACAAUCAAGUUGGUUACACUUUGAAACACACUGAACAAAAUUAUCUUGUGCUUUCUUCAGAUUUGUAUGAGGAGCUUGACUGUGCUAAUUUCAAAUAAAUUUACU